GAUCGUGUGUUUAACAAGCAACUCAAGCAAGUCCUUGUCAGCAAGAAUUAAAGUUGUGAUUGCUGACAAGACUGGGUUUUCAAAAGAUGAAUUCCAUUAUCAAGUAAGUUUGUUUUAUUUUGUUUUGUUUUAAUAACUUUAUCACUGAAUUACAGUAAGUGAACGUUGUCUGAAUUUGCAUAGUUGAUUGUCCAUGCAUGUGCUGUCUGCUUUUCACUGGCAAUGCAGUGUAUAGAUUAAGAGGAGAUCCUCUUAAUCUGUGGCAAGUGUAUGCAUAUGUGGUGGCGUAGUCGUCCAAACCAGCGCCUUUCACCUCUGAGAUCGUGGGUUCGACUUAAAAGAGUUUGUCGACGCUCUGCGGGUGCUCCGGUUCCGUCCCACAAUGAAAGUUGGCAAGCUGGGUUAGGAUAAACUUAAUUAAGAAAGUAAUAAAUGCAAAUAAAACAUCACAGCUAGAAACAACAUACUAAAAUGAGUAAAAUUGCAAAGUUUGGUUGCGAAAUGUUGUAAAAUUCGGAAAAUAUAGCCCUGCAAUGUUUGCAAAUUUUGUAUACGUUUGUAUUGCGUGCGGAAAUUGCUACCACAUUUGGGCCGAAAAUGGUAGCAAUUUCCGCACACAAUACAAAAGUAUACAAAAUGUGCAAACUUUGCAGGGCUAUAUUUUCCGCAUUUUACAACAUUUCGCAACCAAACUUUGCAAUUCUACUCAUUUUAGUAUGUUCUUUCUAGCUGUGGUGAUUUAUGUGCUCUCCUUGCCAAGUUUUAAAAUUACUCUAUAAUGGGAAUUGUUUUUUAUUGUUGUAAAGAUAAUCUAAAAAUAGUCUAGGCUAAGUAAUAUAUGUAAUUAGGUAAGCUUAAUACUUGAUGGCAUUCGAAACUUCCAAGUACUUUUCAUUAUUUUUAGCUUAUUUAGUAGUCCUUACGCAUUUUUAGGUAAUAUUGUGAAUAUUCCUUAAAUUAGUUUGUAACAAGCAUUCAUUGUUGUUUUUGACUUGUUAUAUUCCUAGAAUCCUCAAGUGGAAGAUUAUGAACCAAAAAUUGGUCCAAUCUCAGGUGGGACCAAUGUGACGAUAUAUGGUGAAGAACUUGAUACUGGAGUUGAUAUUCAGGUGUUUCUUGGUCGAUCCAAAUGUUUAAAUUUGAGGUAAGAUAACAGAGGUUUAGCAUUGUAUAUUUUUAGACACACCAGCUAUCAUCCAAGGCAGUCCAAUAUCAUUUAAAUUCCAGUGUCUUAACGUCACGCAAGCGGUCUACAUGUCUACUAGCUAAUACUGCUCCCAGGAUGCAGCUGGUAAUCUUGAUUUUAUGCUGAUAUUUUAACCUUUUAUGUCGCUGUUGUGAAAAGGGAAUCAUGGAAAGUCCUUGAAUUUGAGAAAAUAAACCCUGGCCUGGCUAGAAAAUUAGUGCAUGUCAUUAACAGUCCUGGAAUUUCGUUCCAGCUGCAGUGCUGAUAAUACUUGAACAUUAUUUAGACUAUUGCUGUUGAAUAAAACGUAGCGUUUCAAAAGCAAAUUUCUUGGCACUUUCAAAGAUAUUUCCAGUUUUAGACCCUUGAAUUUACUCAAAAAUAUCCUGGAAAGUCCUGGAAAAGUCCUUGAAUUCCAUCUUCAUUAAAGGAUGGGAACCUUGCCAAAGUUACCUGAUGAUAAAACACUUAAAUACAUCAUGUUCCAACCGAACAUGUUUUUACUCGAAUUUCAAUCAGGAUCCAAUUAACGUUUCGACAUUCCGGACUAGAGUCUUCAUCAGGGAUGAUCUACGCUUGCAUCGCAACUCAUUGUAUACUCGAGGGAUGACGUCAUUGGCCAACAAGAUAUAGAUACUCUACUGAUAGCUAUGUUUAUAUACCACGCUUCUGGACAACGUCGACGACGGUUAGUGGUAAUUACGGUAUUUAUCCCACGCGAACGCAUGCUUAGUUUGACACGCAUGUUCUGCCGCAGCCUCGGAUCUUCCCUUACCGAAACUGCCCUUUCAUUGUUCUCUUAAACAUGUGCCAAAUUCUAAAUUGGUGCUUAGACUGGCGCUCAGACGAGGGAGAUAAACUUUUCAGAAUAUGUCCAUACUAUGGCCAGGGAAGUUGUCUAUAGAAGCGUGGCAUAUAAAGAUGGAUCAUCAUGUUUUCAAUAGACAUGACGGUAGCUAUUUGUCACUAGAGUAUGUACAUCCUGUUGGUCGAUGACGUCAUCCCUGGAUUACACAAGAAGCUGCGAUGAGAAGCUGAGAAUAUUAAUUUGCAUGCAGCAACAACAUGCAGCACAUGAAACAAUAGAUAGCUCCAGAAUAUUUCACUUCAUCCAACUUGACUUGGUCACAAUAGACCCUUCCGGAAAGUACGUCACCUUGGCCAUUGAGCCUCGUGUUUUCGUUAGAGUUCAACGUCGCAAUCAACGUAUAUCUGGAGUGAGAGUCCAAAAGUGAAGCCAAGAUGCAGGAAAUUGAAUAACUAUUGGGCGUCAGUUCCAGUCCCUUUCUUUGUCUGCGUGGCCAUAACACGAAGCUAGCAAGGAGUGCGCCGAAAUUUCGUAUUUUGAAAUAUAUUUAAAGAAUAGUAAUAUGAUUUUAUGAACUGAAAACGUGAUUAGCGAUACGAUCCAUUAGAAAAACUGGACUUAGCUGGGAAAAUUGUAUAAAAACUGUUUACGACCUUCAUAGCUAUUGAACGUCAAUGGCCGCCAUCUUGGCUUCACUUUUCUUCACUUUUCUCAUUUCUCUGAAGUUCUUACUCCAGAUAUAUAUAGAGCUCACUGUUCAAACCAGGCUUUAACCAUAGAUUAUAGAUCAGACCAGAUGUCUCACUGUGUAUCUAUCCCUAUGAUUUUCGUGUCCGCGAUUUUCGCGAGGCUAUCACGCCAGAUGACGCGUGCGACACUUACUGCCAAAAUGGCGCUCACUGCCAAAAUGCGUGAUUGCUCACGUUUCAUGGCGUCGGAAUACACUUACUGCCAAAAUGGCGGCCAACGCGUGCUCAUAAAAAACCGCGGACACAAUUUUGGCUGAGUGAGACAUCUGGUAUUACCUAUAAUCUAUGCUUUAACUCACCCCCCAUAAUGACACCAGAGUGUCGAAACGUUGAGCAGGGAGUAGAGUUAGCUAGUGUUGACAUGUCUGAUAUUAAACCUGUUGCGGUGAAGAAAUAAAUUUCAAAUCAUGCAUGUUCCAAUAUUUGUUCCAAUAUUUGUAGGGUGACAAAAACAAGGAUGAGAUGUACAACAUCGCAGUUUCAGAACAUAACAAGAAAACGAAGAUCAAUAUCAAAUGAUGAAACGCUGGUGGUCACAUUUGAUGGUCUCCCGCCUGUGUAUGGCGCAAACGUUACAUCGUUCAAAUAUGUUCCUGAUCCCGUUAUAACUGAUAUUACACCACGUAUCACGUUCCCAAGGUAGGAACACAAGUUGCGGACUUUACAUGUCCUGCAUGAUGCAAUUUUUCACACAUUAUACACACAUGUCGACAAACUAUACACACAUGUCGACAAAUUGUUAUCAGCCAGCCUAGAAAUAAGGGCAUCUAUUUAAAUUUCAGCGCUUUUUCGCAUGAGAAGACUGGAAUAUAGGUAAUUUCGGGGCCGGACAUUGGACCGGAAGAGAAUCCCGCCAACCUCAUGCCUAGAGGAAAGAGCCUGGGUACGAUGUUGGAAUCCGGCCUUAUGACGUCAUACAGUCGAUUAACCUGGAAAUCAACUACCACCCGCAGUGCGAAGGCCCUGGGUCUAGGCUGGUUAUCAGUAUUAUUUUCCUUUGUUCUGAUUGAAUUUCUUCGUUUUUAUAUUUAUGAAAGUUUUCCAUGGUAAACCCUGGGAACAGACGUACUGUACUGUUGCGAAAAUGUUUGAAAAUUUCGACAUUUCCAUGAAUGUUUUCAGCUUGGGAAACGUUGUGGUAACAGAAUUACAGAAAAUAUUUCCCAACUAAUUCAUAUUUCGUUUCCCUGGUGUGAAUUUCGUUGUGGAAACAAUGUUUCUUAUUUUGCUCUAAACAAUGUUCCGGAACAAUGUUAAAGCGUUACUUUAUAUUAUAGGGCUCACAGGAAAAGGACCACUACAUUACCACUACAGCCUAUAAAAUUAAAUUACCACCACAGCCUAUGAAAAUACCCACAGGAGCUAUUUACGAUAAUACAUUUAAUUGUUGUAGUAAAAAAUUUCGUUAACACAAUUUUUCUUCUUUCUUUUAAGUUCUGACCGACAAAUUAAUGUCACUGGUUCCGACUUGAAUGGCAUACAUUCUCCUAAAAUUAGAUUGAUAUUCCAGGACAAAACUUAUGUUGAAAGUGUGAGUCAUAGGUUAAAAAUACUGAAUAAAUCCCUGAAUUAUAACACAUAACAUAUAUGAUAUUUGUGAUGUUACUCUGAGUAUGCAUCCACACCGGGCAAGCUGAAAAGUUAGCUUGGCCACGGUGGGAAUCGAACCCGCGACCUUUGCGAUACUAGUCCAAUGCUCUAGUUCGACGCACACUCAGAGUAACAUCACAAACAUCAUAUUCACCUGAGUACAUAUCACCAACACUCCAGAUACAACUCACUGUGUUAGCUGUGGUGAACAGCCUUUCAGGUUGUUAGUUUGGGCGUGGUACAAUACAUGUUUCUUUGAUCUCUGCGACGCAGUUAUUAGAGAGGUUAUCUUAGUCGCAUGAUAAGAGUACAUCCGAAUACCAGAGAUUUUAUAUACUCCUGUUUCUCGUUGUUACAAUACUGGACCACAGAUAGCUUUAAGGCUUGGGAUUGGAUAGAUUUAAGUCUUUUGACGUUUAGGAUUUGAGAUUAGAGUUCAAGACUUAGAAUUGAAGAAUUAAGCAGAUUAUACAGCCCAUACCUAAUUCAAAAGUUAAUUCAAAAUAUUUUUUAAAUUUAUAUCAUUGUGAUACAUGUGUUAUUAUAUUGAUUUCUUUCAUCUCGUGUUAUUUAGGUUUGUGGCAAACCCAGCUACGGUAACAUGAUCUGUCCUUUUCCAAAUUUAACAAGAACCGUAACAGCUCAUCUUCAAGCUGAACUCUCAUUUUCCUUGGACGCGGUGACAACAUGGGAGGUGUUCAGUGGAUAUCCAAAGUUUAAGUCAAUGACCAUUGUUCCAGAUCCAAUUAUAACUAAAUUUGAUGGUGUUUUUGUUUUAAAGACCCCCACACUCGAGAUUAAG